CUUGGCAAGGCAUCUCCGCGUGCCUGGCGUCCCUGGCUGGGAAGGGCGGCCUCUGUGCCUGCAGGGACUUCUGCACAGCAGCGCCGUUUCCUCAUACCUGAGCUAUCCACAGCUGCACCAGCCACUCCCGGGAGCCCACUAUUUAAGGCCAGCGCACCCGCGCUGGCUGUGAGUCACGGCUCCAGGAGGGCAGCGGCAGCACCACUCACCCCCGCAUCCAGCGCGCUGCGGGAAGGGUCCCUUCCCCUCGCCAUGGCUUCCCCGGGGCAGUUCAUCUUCUGGAGCAUCAUUAGCGUCAUCAUCAUUCUGGCUGGAGCAAUUGCACUUAUCAUCGGUUUUGGUAUUUCAGGAAGACACUCCAUCACAGUCACCACUAGCACCUCAGCGGGGAACCUCGGGGAGGAUGGAAUCCUGAGCUGCACUUUUGAACCUGACAUCAAGCUUUCUGAUAUCGUGAUACAGUGGCUGAAGGAAGGUGUUAUGGGUUUGGUUCAUGAGUUCAAAGAAGGCAAAGAUGACCUGUCAGACCAGGACGAAAUGUUCAGAGGACGGACAGCAGUGUUUUCUGAUCAAGUGAUAGUUGGCAAUGCCUCUCUGAGGCUGAAAAAUGUGCAACUCACAGAUGCCGGCACCUAUAAAUGUUACAUCAUCACUUCUAAAGGCAAGGGGAAUGCUAACCUCGAGUAUAAAACUGGAGCCUUCAGCAUCCCAGAAAUGAACGUAGACUAUAAUGCCAGCUCCGAGAGCUUACGAUGUGAGGCUCCCCGAUGGUUUCCCCAACCUACAGUGAUCUGGGCAUCCCAAGUUGACCAGGGAGCCAACUUCUCUGAAGUCUCCAACACCAGCUUUGAACUGAACUCUGAGAACGUGACCAUGAAGGUUGUGUCCGUGCUCUACAACGUCACAAUCAACAACACAUAUUCCUGCAUGAUUGAAAACGACAUUGCCAAAGCCACAGGGGAUAUCAAAGUGACAGACUCUGAGAUUAAAAGGCGAAGUCACCUACAGCUGCUGAACUCAAAGGCUUCCCUCUGUGUCUCUUCUUUUGGUGCCAUCAGCUGGGUACUCUUGCCUCUCUGCCCUUACCUGAUGCUAAAAUAAUGUACACUGGCUGUACAGAAACAUGCAAAGUCACUGGCACAACAGAAUCCCAGGAAUCUGCAGAACUAUUUCACCACAAGAUAUGACCUACUUUUAUAUUUCUGGGGGGAAAUGAAUUCAUGUUUGAGAAGUCUGGAGUGAAAAAAUAAGAUCAAGCAAGAAGCAGCCAAAAGCAACCCACAGAAGACUUCAAUAUGAACAAGAUAAAUUUAUCUUCAAAGACAUAUAUUAAAAGUUGGGAAAACA